AUGGCAUAUACCCCACAACACGAUGUUGUCUCCGGAGAGCAGUACCGUUAUGCGCUGACCAACUUCCGCAUUGCCCACGAGAAAGUCGAGGAGCAACGGGUGCAGCUCCAGGAGCAGGAGAAGCAGGUUGCGCAGCUCCGUGCACGCAUAGCGCUUCUUGAGGGCACGAACCAGGGCCAUUUCGGCGCAAGCAAGCUGAACGGGAACUCCGUCGAUGACUUCUCGAUAAAGAAUGCAGCGUCAGGCCUCGAGAGGCAGAUCAACCGUUGGGCGGCGGAGCUGGCACGCAACCCCCCAGUGCCGCUGAACACGAUGCGCUCGGCGGCGCUCACCGAUGUCUUCGACGACAACCCCGCAGAACUCCCGCCGCAGACGCCAAAUGCGACGGGGAUGCAGGUGCAGAGCCUGCUGCGGCACACGGUGUCAAAGACGAUCGCGGAGGGGAUCAUCAACUGUCUGGUCAUCACGGACUCCCCGGAUGCGAACAUCCAAUUGGCACGGAUCCACGAACACAUCUUCUCCCGAGACCCCACGGUUGCGGCGGUAUGGCGCCGCCAGACGUUCUCCGCCGCCGUCGAGACCUGCUCGCUCGCAAUGUCGCUCUUCUUCCUGUCGGAGCACAUGCCGAACCUCCAGCAGCUGCUUGAGAUCUCGUCCGAUAAGACGACGCUCGGCGGCGCGCUCAUCCCCAUCCUCGAGGCCGCAUACGACUUCUCGCGCAUGCUGCACAGCGCGCCAUCGAGCUCGGGCGGGCAGGUCGACGCGUUCUACCGGGCGUUUGUGCCGGAUGUGGGGAGCACGAUGAACCCGCGGCAGAUCGAGCUCGUGAAGCGCUGCCAGCGGACGGAGCACGGGGAGCCUGAUCGCGUGGGCGCGACCGUGUUUCCGGGCUUGGUGAAGGUGACGCGGGGCGUGGCGGGACAGUCCGUCGAGGCGUCGCAGACGGUUGUAAGGAGGGCGCAGGUGAUUUGCGAGUGUGCACUACUGGAGGUGCCGCAGGUAACGCAAGCUGCUGGCGCGUGAACGACGGGCGAUAUCGAUGUUCUCGUAGGUUUCUAUCGUCUGCCACAUAUGGACAAUAGAGAAUGUCUGUGGACGCCAGCGGAAUGUCUAGCCAAGUCCUAAACCCC